CCAUGAGAAGGCAGCCAGCUACAGGGAGAGAGAGAUGUCAGAGAGUGGUGUCAGAGAGUUAGCCCAAAUCAAUCGAAGAGUGCCCUCCUCGCCCCCAUCCUCCCUCCCCCUUGCCAUCGCAAAAGCACCCAAUCCCAAGCCCAAGCCGCCUUUGCCCCUCCCCUCCCUCGUCGUUGCUACUGCUACUGCUCCAUUCCCCCUUUUCACGCUUUCAUCGCCCCUAGCUCCUCUUGCGAAUGCCUCACUUGUUCGUGAGCUGUUGGGACGACGUGAGACGUCUCCUGCGCCCUACCGUUGGUGGACCCACCGCGAUGAUUGCCAUUCUCGCUUGAGUUUGAGUCCAUGUGGGGUUUUUAGUUUCGAAGAUCUAGCUCGCGAGGGAGGGAGGGAGAAGGGCGCGCGAUCGAAUUGGCUCGGAUCGGGUUGGAUAGUGGUGGGGUUGCGAAGGUGGGAAAGCAAUGGCUUGCUCAUCUGGCGUGGGCUUGAUUUCUAAUCUCUGUAGUGUACAGUCGUCGGUGUCUUCUACGAAGUCAUCUAGCCCCGCACCGCGAUCGAAUUCGAUCUCCUACUGGAAAUCGUCGCCCUCGCCUACGUCCUCGCUCGAAUCAUCUUUUCGCCCCUCUUUUCCCGCUGGUUCUUCUUCCCUAACGAUCCGGAAAGGUGCCACCUCGCCAAGGUCGAAUCGCAUUGUUGCCCAAGCCAUCAACGAAUUGGUGGCAUGCUUCGGGGAGCUCCUGAUUGAUUUUGUGCCCACGGUUGGCGGUCUAUCGCUUGCUGAUGCUCCAGCAUUUAAGAAAGCGCCCGGAGGCGCACCUGCGAAUGUUGCUUGUGGUAUAGCCAAGCUUGGUGGAAAGGCAGCAUUUAUUGGAAAAGUUGGCGACGACGAAUUUGGGCACAUGCUGUGCGACGUUCUGAAGGACAAUCAUGUGAUAACUAAUGGUGUUCGGUUCGACUCUCAUGCAAGAACGGCCCUUGCGUUCGUCACAUUGCGGCAUGAUGGGGAGAGGGAGUUCAUGUUUUACCGCAAUCCUAGUGCCGACAUGCUCUUCCAGCCAGAUGAGCUGGAUAUUGAGUUGUUGCAGCAGGCGUCUAUCUUCCACUAUGGAUCCAUCAGUUUGAUCACGGAGCCAUCUCGCUCGACACACUUGGAGGCAAUGCGCAUUGCCAAAGAGGCAGGCGCACUCCUGUCCUACGAUCCGAAUCUUCGGCUGCCCUUGUGGCCGUCGGCUGACGCCGCGAAGGAAGGCAUUAUGUCGAUUUGGGAUCAGGCCGAUAUCAUAAAGGUCAGUGACGAGGAGGUUAUAUUUCUUACUGGUGCCGACCCCAAGGAUGAUGCACACAACCUGAAAAUGAUGCCCGCUGGCUGCAGGUUGAUGCUAGUGACGGAGGGUGCAGAAGGCUGUCGUUAUUACACCCCGAAAUUUCAUGGCCAAGUGGGAGGUCUCAAGGUUCAAGUGGUUGAUACCACUGGAGCCGGUGAUGCAUUUUGUGCUGGUCUUCUGAGCCAGCUUGCGAAGUCUCCAUCCAUUGUUGAGGAUGAAGAGAAGCUGCGUGAGGCUCUCACAUUUGCAAAUGCUUGCGGAGCUAUCACGACGACUGAAAGAGGAGCCAUUCCAUCGCUUCCUGAUAAUGAGACUGUCUCAAGGCUUUUAAGUACAGCUCAUAGGCUCCCUGCGUAACUACUCUCUCUUUCUGCUCAUUGGUUCUCUUAAAUGGUUUAAGCUAAGGGAGUAAUAAUCAUGUAUUGUUACUGCAGUAUGAUAACUUCGAAGCAAACUCGGUCUGAGUUGGUAACCUAGUUAUUAUUCUUUAUCUUGAGCUUGGUACUCAUCAAGUUCUGCACAUGAUGAUAUUUGCAGAAAGUAUUCACAUGUAGGCAGUUCAUUAGAAUAAAAGAGUUCCAAGUGCACUUGGAUCAUUCAUCUGUGUUGUUGAGGCAAUGGUUUAACCAAAUGUACUCUAGUGUUUUUUUUCA